AUGACUAUCCUUGGCUACAAAUGCAUCCUCUGCGAACAGAUAAAGCCUGUGUAUGAUUUCCAGUUUAGAGACAACCGAGGGGAAAUUACCCUGUUCGCCUGUUUGGUUUGUCAUUCUGAGGGUUCCGAGAAAGACUGCAUUGCCGUUUGUCCUUGUACCUCGAACAUGUCAGCGUGUGUGCGUGCCUUUGACAGCACUAACUCAGCCUGGCGAAAUAUGGCAUAUUUGAUCGCAUUAAGAAACAAUAAAGAUACCGGAAGAGCCGGAAGUCAAGAUACUCCAAAC